GCGAUAUGGAUUCUGAGCCGUAUGACCAUACCUCAGAUGACUGCACGCCAUCAGAAGUCGAAGUUAGUUCAACGUGGUGAGUUCCGCGUUCGUUGAAGUUUUGAAUCCGUCACUCGGUAAUCAGGACCUUUCAUCACUAACGUUCAUCUCGCGCUGUACAAACACGCUUGAGAGCCUGAUGCAUUCAAUUAUUUUCUUGUAUGUCUUGGUCCUAGUUCCAUUCACAGUGUCAAUCUGGCCGAUUCCACGUCAAUUGAGCACUGGCUCUACACCGCUAAAGCUCUCAAAAUCCUUCAAUGUUGUGGUAAAUAUGCAUUCCACUCCACAAGAUCUCUUAGACGCAGUGGCUCGUAGCGAAAGCGGCCUCAAGUCCGACAGCUUCGAGCGACUAGUCGUAGGACGUGGAUCCGCGGAUUCCACCGCUGUUCAUCGAGCGUUAUCACUGGAUGCUCUAGUGCUUUCUCUCGACUCUGGACGACUGAUCCGUUCAGUUGCUGAUGAAGCUACGGUGUCAAUUGCUUCGAGAAGCGAAUCUUACACUUUAUCUAUACCUGCACGCGGACAAGCUCGUUUAGUGGCAAACUCCACCCUUGGUUUGUUCCGAGGAUUAGCGACUUUUGAGCAACUCUGGUAUACACUUGAUGGGGACAAGUACCUCCUCAAUGCGCCCAUAGAGAUUGCAGAUGAACCUGCGUUUCCUUAUAGAUCUUUCUCGUUGGAUACGGCUCGAAAUUUCUAUCCUGUUGAUGAUAUCUUGCGCACUCUGGAUGCAAUGUCUUGGGUCAAGAUGAGCGUACUAUAUUGGCAUGUUGCAGAUAGCCAAAGCUUCCCACUUGAAGUUCCAGGUUUUCCUGAGCUCGCCGCCAAAGGUGCAUACUCGAAGGAAGAGAUGUAUUCAGUGAAUGACGUAGAGCUCAUUAUCCAAUAUGCCAAUACUCGGGGUAUCGAUGUUGUGAUGGAACUUGACACUCCAGGGCAUACCACUGCUGUUGGUUUUGCGCAUCCUGAACAUGUCGCAUGCGCUGGUAAGUCGCCUUGGGCAAAGUAUGCGAAUGAGCCACCUGCAGGCCAGCUUCGCAUCGCUUCCAAUGCAACAGUCGAAUUCGUGAAGCGGGUUUUCCAGUCUGUUCUUACAAUGAUGACGUCCACAAUGAUGAGUACGGGCGGCGAUGAAGUGAACUUGCCUUGUUGGGAGGAAGACGAAGAGACAAUCGAUGUACUGAACAAGAGAAACAUCGCUAUCGGCGAAGCUCUCAAUGAAUUUGUGGUUGCCAUCCAAGGAGUAUUGAAGGCCAACAAAAUAACUCCAUUCAUCAAGGGCGACAUGAUUCUUACUCAUAAUGUACCAGUCACAAACGACACGGUUGCUGUCGUUUGGCAAUCAUCAGCCGAUGCGGCUGGUAUUGCGGAAAGAGGCUUGAGAUUCAUCCAUCAACCUUCCAAUUAUUUCUACCUGGACUGUGGAGCAGGUGAUUGGGUAGGCAACAACAUCCUUGGGAACAGCUGGUGUGAUCCUUUCAAAACAUGGCAAAGGGCCUAUUCGUUUGAUCCAUAUGCGAAUUUGACGGAAGCCCAAUUUCCGUUAGUACUUGGAGGACAAAUGCCUUUAUGGAGUGAACAAUCAUCGUCGGAAAACUUGGAUUCAAUAGUCUGGCCUCGACUGGCGGUGGCUGCAGAGGUCUUUUGGACUGGAGGAACAUUACCUGACGGCACCUCAAGACUCGCGAAUAACGUUACGGGUGGAAGGGCUGCUUUUAGUAGGUUGAAUGAGCUGCGAUACAGGCUUGUUGACAGAGGAGUGAAGGCGAUUGCCUUGCAGCCAAAAUGGUGCGUUUUACGGCCUGGGGAGUGUGAUGUGGAUGCGUAGACAGCGUGUAAUAAAUAACUGAAUGGUACUGAAUAGUAGCGUUGACUGACGUUGAAUAGUAUCGACGACUGUAUCGUUGAAUAGUAU